CAACGUUGAUCUUUUAUGUCAAACGUGUUUGACUUUGAGUAUUUCUGUGGCCGGCAAUUAGUUUUUAUCAAUAAAUGAAAAAUUAAAGAAAAUACUUACAAAUUUUUAACACUCGUUACUAGUAAUAAAUACAAUUAAAACUUAUAUGAAAAUGUACUUUCGAGUACAAUUGCUCAUCUUAGUGAGUAUAGCAGUAAGUAAUGCCAACAUUCUCCAAGGCACUGUGGAUAUCAAUCGCCUUCAAACCAUACUUAAAGACAACUUAAAGAGCAAAGAUGUGGGCACCCUGUAUUAUGCUGUUCGAGGAUUGAAACAGUUGAAAGCUGAUGUGCCAAAUAUUUGUGAGGACCUCAAAACGAUAAAGUAUGAUGUCAAGAACUUAGAGCAAGUGUUUUACCUCACAAACUUGGCCCUUCUUACAAACUGUCAGAAUUCACUCAAGCCUGAAGUAUUGGCGACUCCAACCCAAGCACUAGACAAAAAGGAUGUCACCAUACAGGAACUGUACUUAGCUGUGUAUACACUAAAAGCUCUUGGUAAAGGAACUAUUUAUGAUAAAGAGGAUGCUUUAAAAAAUCUUAUUCAGCUGCUGAAAAAGGAUGACACACCUGCCAAUUAUGGUUAUGUAUUUGCAUUAUGUGAGCACAUGGGCUGUGGGCUAUGGACAACUUCGCAUGCUGAAGGAGUUAUACUUGCUGCUGAUGAGACAGACUCUCGUGCCUUACAUUUUGAAGGAGGCCUACCUGUCACAUCACAACUUUUGACUACAAUAACCAGGACAUACAAAGCUCAAAAGAAGCCGACGCCAUUCACGGAGGAGCAACGGUACAAGUUCGCCGAGUACCUGUUGUCGCGUCGGUCCGUCAACACCGCCAAGGGCGUGACGCUCCUCCUGGAGGCAGCCACUGCCAUCGCGGACGAUGAACCCACACCGAUCAGCAUUGCGGUCAAAGGCAAGAAGUAUGUGACCUCUGAAUCUGACAGCAUCGAGUUCACCAUCACCGACCUCAUCGGCAGGCCGGUCCGCAACCUCAAACCUGAAGAAGUAAUCGCACAGUCUGGCACCAGGCUCGCCGACGACGUCGUUGUGCUAUCCAAACAGCCUUUAACCCAGAAACCUAACGAACCGACUUUCGUCCUUAAUCUAAACAAGAUUAAAUCACAAUAUGGCGUGUACAAGAUCGCUUUAAGUGCCGGGACGAAGACGACCAGCGUGAACGUGGCCGUGCUGGGAGAGAUCCAGGUCGCCAAUGUCGAGGUCGGCGUCGGCGACGUGGACGGCACCACCAGCCCUAAGAUUACAACCAUCACUUACCCGAAUAAACUGGUGGAUAAGUUGCUGGCUGAUCAUAUGCAGAAAGUGAGCCUGAAGUUCACAGUUCGCGACAAAUGGAACAAGCCCGUUUUAGUUCAACAAGCUUUUGUAAGGGUUGCCAGCACAGAGACUGACGAUGAAACUAUCUUCGUUGCAGAACCUGACAACACUAAAGCAUAUAAAGUUGAAUUGAACAUCGGCAGCAUAGCGAAGCACCUCAACUACGCGUCGGGCUCGUACUCCCUGAGCGUGUACGUAGGAGACAGCGCCGUGUCCAGCCCCGUAGCCUGGCUGCUGGGAGACGUCUCCUUCAACUUCGGCAAGGACGCCAAUGCUGUUGGGGUGGCGCGGGCGACGGGUGCGGCGGGGGGGCGGCUGCCGGAGCUGGCGCACACGUUCCGCGCGGCGGAGGCGCGGCCGGCGCGCGCGCUGUCGGACGUGUGCAGCGCGCUGUGCGCGGCGCCGCUGCUGGUGCUCCUGCUGCUGUGGGCGCGGAUCGGCAUCAACUUGCGGAACUUCCCCCUCGUACCCAGCGCGCUUAUAUUCCAUCUAGCCCUUGGAGCAUCUCUCGGGCUGUACGUCGUGCUGUGGCUCCAGCUGACAAUGUUCGAAGCCAUCCGCUACCUGCUGCCCCUGGGCGCCGUCACCUUCCUCUCCGGACAUCGCCUGCUGCAGCGUCUCGUGAAAGACAAAACCUCCAAAUAAUUAUAAAAAAAGAGACUUUUGUACACAUAAAGUUAUUGUGUAAUUACAUGUGUAAUUUAGUAAUAAAAUAAUUCCAAUAUCAACAAAUUAAAAACUCAAUAAUUUAUACUUUACAUUUUUUACAAUUGAGUAUGCAAUUUCGAAAAGGGCACAUGUCACAUAUUUUGUCAAAUACGUUUUUUCAUAUACAUGUAGUUUUGAGGCUUACCUACAUGCAUUUUAUAAUAAUUCCAGUAAUUUUCAAUUGCUAAUUAACACUAAAAUAUAUCUCAAAAGUUAAUAUUUUAAAUUUUACACUGCUUUAGAAAAUAAUUAGUUUUUUUUUCAUUUCCUGAACAUUUUACGUUUUCAGAGAUGUGCCCUUUUCGAAAUUGCAUAUUCAAUUAUUCUUUACAUUUUUUGAAUUUUCAAAGUUCAACUUACUUAAUUAGUUCAUCUACAGACAUUUAAAUUUUAGGGAUUCUUCAAUAUUAAUAAUGCCUGUGUUGUAAAAGUGUAAUGAGUUUAAGAAUAGAAACUACUAUACCUUUUUUAUUAGAAUAUAAUUUCCGCCCUUGUACACACACACACUACACAAUCAAGGAUCUCUACAUGUUUAAAUAGAUAAUGAAGAGUAUGAAAAUGAUGUCUGGCUUUGGGGUAUGUGAAACUGUUCCAUCUUUAUCUUCAGUUUGAGUUAUUUAGUUGAAUGUUGUUUUCUUACGAAAUUAAUAUUCAAUUAAAUAAUUCUACAUUUAUAAAUUUAAUAAAAAAAUAUGAUUUGUUAA